GCCCGCCGGCCGAGCCCGAAGAUGGCGGACGGCAACGGCGGCUCGUCCCUGAGGGGGCUGCGGGAGCAGAUGGUUGCUGCCGCCCAAGCAAUAGCUGAAGAAAGAAGAAACCAAAGCGGCAGUAGUCCAGUUCCAGUCCAGUCCUCAACCGUUAAGUCAGUCACCAAACCAGUGAUAGAUGGCUCAACUUUGAGAACAGAAGAAAGACAAAGACUGGCAAGGGAACGAAGAGAAGAGAGAGAGAAGCAAAAUGCUGCCAAAGAAACUCAAAUACUUGAAAAGGAGAAAAAAGCAAAACUUCAAUAUGAAAAGCAGUUGGAAGAAAGGCAGAGAAAGCUGAAAGAACAGAAGCAGAAAGAAGAGCAACGGAGAGCAGCAGUAGAAGAGAAAAGAAAGCAAAAAUUGGAAGAAGAAAGGGAGCAUUACGAAGCAGUGGUUCACCGCACUUUGGAACGCAGCAAUCGUCUGGAGCAGCGACAGAAGAGGUGGUCCUGGGGAGGGUCCGUAACUCCAGAAUCAGACAGCAGACCGGGUCUGUCAACUGCUACCCCAACCCAUCCUGUAGAUUUAGUUGACAAAUCACCUUCUUCCACAGAACCACAGGCUUCCGAUGAAGAUGGAUCUAGUGCCAACAAACACUCCCCUUCCACAGUCAACCUCAAGCAAACAGAAUCUGUUAUGAACAAACGUUUGUCUACAUCUUCAGCAACUCUUCAGAACUCCCCUGAGAAGAGUUCCCAAAAGAGAAGUGCUUCUUUAAACAGAUUGAAUAACAAAGUUCCCCAGCAAUCUGAGCUGCCACCUCCCAAAAUUUCUCAGGUGGAACAGAAAGCUCGCCGCUCUCAGAUCAACCCUCUGGAGAGUAGUGUAAUCAGUCGCCUCCUCGCUCCCACACAGGCCUCUUUAGCUAGAAGUAAAAGCGCUGCCGCAUUAUCGUCUGAUGGAAAAGAUCCCCCAGAAUUUCACCUCUGUCCUCGUUCAGCUGCAGCCAGUACCUUCCAGCAUCCACUCCAAACUCAGAAGAUGCCCUUGCGCAGCCGCAGCAUCGAUAGGCUGAAGAGCACCGCCUCUCCAGUGGAGCCCAGUACUGUGGAUUCCAUUCAGAAAUCAGAAAUGGACAAGCAGUCACCAACUCCUAUUGCGAAGCGUCCACCUUCACCAUCUCUCUCAGCUCGUAGACGGUCACCUUCCCCCGCUAAUGUUGCUAAGCGCCCUCCAUCACCUUCCACUGUUAAGCAUAUUCAAAGGAAUCGUCCACCUUCACCUAGUGUUUUAAAACAAAGACCUCCAUCUCCCACCAGUGUUUAUAAGCCAGUACCUGUCCAGCGUCCCCCACUCACACCCAGUAUUACCAAAAAAAAAUCUGAGGUAGAGUCAAAGUCAAAGGAUAAAGGUGAAGAAGUCUCAAGCCAAGAGCCUGGGGCAUCACCAACCUCAGAGAAAGAAACUCCAGCAGUUAUUGCAAAGACCAAAGACGAGUCUAGCAGCAAAACUGUACCUGGGACCACAAGUGCUGAGGAAGCUGCCAAAAUUCUGGCAGAGAAACGCCGCCUGGCUCGUGAACAAAGGGAACGAGAAGAGCAGGAAAGAAUUCAGAAAAAAGAGGAGGAAAGGAAAAUACAAGAAGAAAUGGCAAAGAAGGCAAUUGAAGAUAAAGCACGACAGGAAGAAGAGCUCUCUAGGCUUGAGGAAGAAAGACGUCUAGAAGAUGAACAACAACAAAGGAAGUCCGAAGAGGAGAGAAUUCGUGAGGAACAGGAACGUCUUGCUGAACUUCAGCAACAGGUUUGCUCACUGCAAAUAAGUUAUAAUAAGGAAGAAAAAAAUCUUGAUUACUACUACCCACGCUUUUUGCUGUUGACAUGUAAUUUGCCCAGAAAGUUUUAA